AUGUUGUUAAAAGUCAGUUGGGUAUUAAACCUUUUGACUUUUUGUGAUGCUUUCUCUAGACAAAAAAGAAUUGUGGGUGGAUAUCCAGCAUUAAUUCCAGAGGCUGAUGGGUUUAACGUAAGCCAACCUCAAAAAUUGAAUAAUAUAAUAUCAAUACAAGAUGAUUACAGAACUGCCACCAUAACAGGUACUGAAGAUCCAGAAGGAUAUUAUGCAUAUAAAGGCAUUAGGUAUGCUGAACCACCCACAGGGCGACUUAGGUUUCAGGUAAGAUAAAAUAUUUUUGAAUUUUAAAUGCCAACAAAAUAGUUUAGUGUAAAUCUACAUUUUUGAUAAAAUAGUUUUACUAUCAACUAGGUAAAUUUAAAAGCCACUAGAUGAUGAAAUAUUUUUAGAUAAAUUUAACAUAAAAUAAUUCAUCAUCUAGGGGUUUUAGGUUUAUAAAAAAUAUUUUGUGUUAACACUAGAACUCAUUCUUUAAAAAUAUUUGUUUUAUACAUUAAAUCAUCCCAACUAAGAUUAGACUGGUUUAUGCUCUAAACUAGCAGUAACCAAUGAGGCCUUUUUUAUAUACAAGGCCCAAUAUUUCUAGUUGAUAUAAAAAAAAGUUAUGUUAUGUUUAGUAAUAUGUACAAUAUUAUUAAAAAUCAAAGUAUGGAGAGGCCUAACAUAGUGUAAACAAUAAAUAUUGGGAUACUGCUUAGCAAAAUUAAAAAAAAACUUAAUAAUUUAUUAGGCACCUGUGCUUUUUUUGAAAUCAAUGGGUCUUAAAAGGUCAUAGCAAGGUAAAAUGUAUCCCUGUACCUACAUUAUAUACCAAAUAUCAGGUAUCAACAAAAAGUGCAAUAAUAAUCAAGGUCUCUUUUCAGUAAAACUUAUAUUAUGUGAAACGAUUAUUUGCUCGAUAGUCAUAUGAAGCCUUCAGUACCCAGUCCAAUUCUAAUCCCAAUUCUUACCAUCUAUUGAUCAAAUAAAAAUGCAAAGAAUAGUACUGUUACAGUAUAAAAUGUAUAACAUAGUAAACUUAUUUAAUAUUAUAAUUAUUUUUAAAUUAUUAUCUUAGUUAUGUAAAAACUAUCUUUAGGUUACUUUAUUUGCAGCGUCCAGUACUUAUUCGUCUUUCCGGAGAAGUUGAUGCCACUAAAUAUGGAGCCCCUUGCCCACAACCGAGUUUUAAUGGUAGUGGAAUAAUUGGGAAUGAAGAUUGUUUAUUUCUUAAUGUGUAUACUCCAUUGGUAUAGUUAUUAACUAUUUUCAUAAUUACUUAGUACAUGUUAUGUUUUUUGAACAAUUUUUUGUUACUAUAGAAAAAAGCCAACAAUUCCAAUCUUCCAGUAUUAAUUUGGAUACAUGGAGGUGGUUUUUAUAGUGGAUCAUCUUUACAAUAUGGGCCUGCUCAUAUAGUGAAAAAUAAUAUAAUUGUUGUUACAAUACAAUACAGACUUGGAUCCUUAGGUAAACAUCAUUAUUUUUUUAUUUCAAGUAAAAAAUAUUGCAUAUUAACAUAUAUUGUAAGUUUAUUAAUUUAUAUGAAUUAGGUUGGCUUACAAGUCAUUUAAAAGAUCUCCCGGGUAAUGUUGGUUUAUUUGAUAUGCGUGCGGCCAUUAAAUGGGUUAAAGAAUACAUAAGUUAUUUUAACGGAGAUCCAGAACGAAUAGUUUUAUCAGGCCAAGGUAGUGGAGCUAGUGCUGCCACAUUACUGACAAUGUCAGAUUUUACAAAAGGUAUACAUUUUAAAUUAAAAUAUUUAUGAAUGUUUUAAUACAAUAGUAUAUAAUUUUAAACUAGGAAUGAUUAGUGGGGUAUUUGCAAUGAGUGGCGGUCCGCUGUCAGCGUUUGCAGUUGAUCAUGAACCGAAAAAAACAUUUAUGAAUAUGACUACAUUAUUGGGCUGUGAUCAAAAUGGGCCAAUAGAAGUUAUUAGAUGUUUACAAAUGUUAUCAAUUCAAAAAGUUAUUAGCUCGGACUCUAAAUUUCAGGUUUAAUGAUAAAUUUAAUGAAACAAACAUUAUUUAUAUUUACUUACUAUAUAUUUUGUAGAGUACAAAACUAUUAAAAGAAGGAUUUUUGACAGGACUGGGUAGUUUGUUGAAUGUGGGCCCUGCUGUAGAAGGUAACAAUGACGGACGUUUUUUACCAUUUAUACUUCUAGAUUCACCUCUACGUUUGUUAAAGAAAAACAAAUUACCCACAAUACCAAUGCUUACUGGUGUUAAUAAGAUGGAAACUAAGUCUGAAAUAUUAGGUAAGUAUUAGAAAUAUUAAUAAAUAAUUUAAUAAUUUUCACUAUUUAGUGCAAUAAAUAAAGAAUAAAUCAAAAAUUAAAAUCUUAAAAAAAAUAUAACAAUAAUAUAAGAAUAGAUUUUAAAAUUUUUAUUAUAUAUUAUGUAAAUUCUACAAAUUGUAUGUUAGAAAAUAUAUUAUGUUAUAAUUUACUAAGUUUAUUUUUCAGGAAAAUUCAGAUUUGAAGUUUUAGACAAGUUAAAGAAAGUACCAGAAUAUGUUAACAAAGUAUUUCCACAUAAUGUGAUUAUUACUAAUACAGGUAAUAAAUGAAAUAUGUUUUAUCACACAUUAUCUGUAACAAAAUAUUCUACAUCGAAAUUAAACCAAAUAAAAUAAAAAGUGGACAUUUGCGUAAUUUUAAUAAUGCCAUGAAUUAUUAAUAUCUAUAGUGAAAAUAACAAAACAAAAAAAACCUACUUUAAUAGAAAACUAUAGGCCAAAUAUUUCUAUUUAAAAAAAAAGAUAUGUUAUACAUUUGCUGAAGAUUUGUUUAAUAUUUACACUAUAGGUUUAUUCAAAAAUGGAAGUGUAAACAAUGCUCUAAAAACAAUUUUUGAAAAUAAAGAUUACUUAAAAUUAGUAACAUCAACACUUGGAAAUGGGGCUCAGGAGAUUAGAAAAGUUAUGCAGGUAAAUUAAAAACCAAACUAAAAAAAAAAAAAAUAAAUAAAUAAAAAAAUGAAACCUUAAUUUUAUCAGGGCACAACAGAUGCACUAUUUAACUUGCCAGCAUUUUUUACAUCCCAUCUAUGGUCAAAACGAAGCAACGCAUACUUUUAUAGUUUUGAACACAAAUCUAAUGUUAAAUCUCCUGGAAAAUGGUUUUUGCCAAAUAUGUUGGAUGUUCCCAAUACAAAUUUGGCAAAAAAUGAUGCAUUUGAUAGUAAUGAUGUUGAAGAAAGUGGUAAAUAUUAUUUCAAGUAAAAUAUAUAAGUAAAAAUAUACUAAAUAUUUUUUUUAAAAAAUAAUAGGAGAACCAAGUCAUGGAGACGAUUUGAUUUAUUUAUAUGACGUAAGAACUAUUGAAGGUAAACCAAUUCCAGGAACUGAACUGAAAGACAAAAAAGAUAUUGAAAUGAGAAAUAAUUUUACAUCAUUAGUAGCAGAAUUUGUACGAAAUGGGUAAAUGUUAAAUAUUAAAAUAAAAUUUUUACAUGGUUUUAUUAAUAAGUUAUUAUUUUAGGAAACCAAGGUUAACAAAAUUGGGAGAUGAAUGGCCUUCAUUCACCUCAUCAAAACAAUCUGAUUAUGUUAUACUGGAUGAAAAUGCACGUAUUGAAAAUAAGUUCCGUUUUUGUGAAAUGGGAUUAUGGGGAGGUGUACCAGAUAUAUUACAAUCAUCAUAUUGCAAUUUACCAGGAAUAUCAGAUAUAUUAAAAACAGUCCCAGAUUUAUUACAAAAUGGAGUUUUAGGCGAUGUUACUGAAGGCACAGUCAAUUUACUAGAAAAUCCCUUAAACACCAUUGAAGGAUUAUUAAAAAAUAACAAUGGUAAUCAAAAUGGACUAUUAGGUGGAUUAACAGGAACAUUAAAACCAAAACAAGAAAACAAAAAACCUUCUGUGAAUACUCCGAAACCUUUAUUAGGUAUACUUGGAUAGUGUACUAAAAAAAUAUAAAUAUAUAUAUAUAUAUGUGUUUUCUAUA